UAAAUCUGGGCCAUAGACUUCCUAAUUACCCAUGUGCCUGCAUUGUUUUGAUAGCUUGCUGCCCUUGGUUAUGACCCAAUAAGGUGGUCACACAUGCUCAGUUCAGCUGGUCUCCACUGUGUAUGUAAGCAAGGGGAAUUGUGGGUAAGUGUUUGCACUGUUGCCUGGCAACCACAGUGUCACAGUUUAGAGAAGAAACCAUGGAGUGAUCAGAUCCAUGCGGGAGAAGAUCCCUACAGGACUGUGAUUGUACAUCGGAUUUGUUCUCCCUAAACUUACCCUAAUGGAUGCUAUUGAGACUGCAGUCAUUGAAGUACACAAAGAAACUCCAAGCAGCGAGACACUAAAUGGCUUUCCAAGAUCUGUAUCCACAAACAGUGAAGAUGACAAAAAUCAUAAGGCUAAGCCCAAAGGUUUACCCAAUGGUCUGCGAAAAGGAGCAAAGAAGUAUCCAAACUAUAUUCAGAUCAGUUUGCCAGAGGACUCUAAAAAUAAAUAUCCUCUAGAAUGGUGGAAAACUGGCAUUGCAUUUGUCUAUGCUCUCUUCAAUAUGGUCCUCACAACAGUUAUGAUCACAGUUGUUCAUGAAAGGGUUCCCCCUAAAGAAGUAAGCCCACCUUUACCGGACAAGUUCUUUGACUACAUUGAUCGAAUAACAUGGGCAUUUUCUGUCUCUGAGAUAAAUGGAAUGAUUUUGGUUGGAAUAUGGUUUAUCCAGUGGCUCUUCCUCAGAUAUAAAUCAAUUGUGGGCCGCAGAUACUUUUUUAUUGUUGGGACUUUGUACUUGUACAGAUGUAUUACCAUGUAUGUUACAACGCUCCCUGUGCCAGGAAUGCACUUCCAAUGUGCCCCAAAGUUGAAUGGAGAUUCAUAUGCCAAAGCACACAGGAUAUUACGGCUAAUAACAGGAGGUGGACUGACGAUAACUGGAUCUCACAUCUUAUGUGGAGACUUUCUGUAUAGCGGUCAUACUGUCAUUCUCACGCUCACCUACCUAUUCAUCAAAGAAUAUUCCCCUCGUCACUUCUGGUGGUAUCACAUAUUCUGCUGGCUGCUGAGCGCCUCCGGGGUGGUCUGCAUUUUAGUUGCACAUGAACACUACACGGUGGAUGUAAUUGUGGCUUACUAUAUAACCACUAGACUCUUCUGGUGGUAUCAUGCCAUGGCUAAUGAGAAGGCAUUAAAGACGUCAACUGCUACCAAUCUUCUUUCACGAACUUGGUGGUUUCCUGUAUUUGCGUUCUUUGAGAAGAAUGUGCAGGGUUGCAUCCCAUGCAGCUUCUCAUGGCCCAUCACUUGGCCUCCUAGUUGCUUCAAAUCUUCAUGUAAAACCUAUUCCAGGGUACAGAAGACAGGGGAGGAUGUUGAAAAAUGCACCUAAAUCUGCCCAUUAAAGGACAAAAACUAUUCCAACUUAUUUUUUUCAACCAAAGAAAUAUCUUCUCUUUCUAAGAAGAGGCAACUGAAAAUAAAGAUCGGGACCAAAUGUUGUAUUAUCUUUGAACACAAAGGUGGUUGCACACCAGAUACACAAGUGUCGCUUUGUAGUGUGCACCCUGUCUUUGUACACAUACUUUUCCAUUUUAUAUUUGCACUACAUUUUUUGGAUCUUUGUUAGGUGAAGACUGGUGUAGCCCAUAUAAAUGUAUGUGUGCUCUAUUAGAGUGUUUCAUAAAAUGUUAUGAGAUGUAUUUAUAUAGAAUAUUUUCAGCUCUCCUUGGACCAUUGGCCUUUAGCCUAAUAUACCAAUUGUUUAAUCAUAAGUGCAGAUGUCAUAGGUUGGGGAUAGCCUUGUGGAACAUAAGAGGGUCAUUUCCGAAACAAAUAUUUUUAGGCUUACAUAGGGAUAGUAACCAUUCCGACACAGGUUUACAAUGAAUUAUUGUAUUGUAUGAAGUUCACCUAACAAAAUAUUACCCAAACAAAGUAAACAGGAAAAAAAAUAA